AGCAGGACAGCACCUGAAAGGUCCCCCUUUCCCUUGUCUGCUACAUCGUACAUAAAAAUGGGGCAAACCAUCGCCACCCCCUUGAGUCUCACAUUAGAUCACUGGAAAGACGUGCAAAUCCGAGCUAACAAUCUGUCCAUGGAGAUCAAAAGAAAAAAAUGGCAAACACUCUGCACCUCUGAAUGGCCCUCCUUUAAUGUUGGAUGGCCUAAAGAGGGGACCUUUAACAUCACUGUUCUCCUACAGGUCAAGGAGCAAAUCUUCAGUCGGGGACCUCAAGGCCAUCCGGACAAAGUCCCUUACAUAGUAGUUUGGGAAAAUCUCGUCGAGGACCCCCCUCCCUGGGUUUCUCCUUUCACUCAUCCAAAGCCCAAACCCCUUCCGGAUUCUAUCCCUUCCCCAACACCUUCCGCUCCCCCUGUUCCCCUUUGCCCUGCCGACCCUCCCAAGCCUCCUAUUUCUUCCAACCUAUACCCUGUAAUAGAUGAUUCCACCUCUUCCCGGCGUCUUAAGCCAAAGAGGGUCCUUCCUCCUGAUGAUUCCCCCUUAAUAGACCUCUUAACCGAGAACCCCCCUCCCUACCAGCUUCCCCCUCCACCGGCGCAAGCAUUAAAUUCCUCAGAAUCUGAGGAAGAAUCGAAUAACCUGCUGGAGGAACGCCACCCCUUACCAUCUGCAAUGGCAGGAAGACUUAGGGGUCGCAAGGAACCUGCAAAGGAGGGGUCUUCCAAGCUCCUUCCCCUACGCCAAGGAGGGGGCCCAGGCAACCAAUUCCAAUACUGGCCCUUCUCGGCCUCAGACUUAUAUAACUGGAAGUCCCAUAACCCUUCCUUCUCACAGGACCCUAUAGCUUUGACCGCUCUGAUCGAGUCCAUUCUAAUCACGCAUCAACCCACUUGGGAUGAUUGCCAGCAGCUCUUGCAGACUCUUCUCACUACAGAGGAGAGACAAAAAGUUCAUCUGGAAGCCAGAAAAAAUGUUCCGGGAGACAAUGGAAGACCUACCCAGCUCCCGAAUGUGAUUGAUGCCGCCUUUCCCUUGACCCGUCCUGACUGGGAUUUCAAUACGGCUGAAGGUAGGACCCACCUAAAUCUUUAUCGCCAGUUACUCAUAGCAGGCCUCCAUAAUGCAGGGCGCCGCCCUACCAAUUUGGCUCAGGUAAGACGGGUUACUCAGGGCUCCGGAGAAUCUCCAACCGCUUUCUUAGAGAGACUUAGAGAGGCUUAUCGUAGAUAUACCCCCUUCGGUCCUGAUAGCCAUGAACAAAGAGGAAAUGUGUCCAUGGCAUUCAUUUGGCAGUCAGCGCCAGACAUUAGACAUAAGUUACAGCGACUGGAGAAUUUACAAGAUUUCUCGUUACAAGAUUUGUUAAAGGAGGCAGAAAAAAUUUAUAAUAAAAGAGAAACUCAGGAAGAAAAGGAAGAAAGGUUAAGGAAAGAGGCUGAAGAAAAGGAAGAUAAGCGAGAGCGUAAGCGAAAUAAGGAGCUUAGCAAAAUCUUGGCCGCCAUAGUGCAAAGCAAUCAAGGAUCAGAAACAGGAGAGCUAGGCAAGGAAGGAGACAGAAGCAAGCCUCGGGUAGCUCGGGACCAAUGUGCCUAUUGCAAAGAGAGAGGACAUUGGGCCAAAAACUGCCCCAAAAGACCCCAUAACCCCAAGGAAAAUAACAGGCAGAAAACAAGAUUAAUGGCCCUAGAUGACGACUAGGGAUGUCAGGGCUAGGAACACCCCCCUGAGCCCAGGAUAACCCUAACAGUCGGGGGGCAACCAAUCACCUUUUUGGUAGAUACAGGGGCACAACAUUCUGUCUUAACCAAAACCCCAGGACCAUUAAGUAACCGGACGGCAUGGGUUCAAGGGGCCACCGGAGGAAAACAAUACCGUUGGACCACGGAAAGAAAAGUCCAUUUGGCUUCAGGUAAAGUUUCUCAUUCAUUCCUUCACGUACCUGACUGUCCCUAUCCACUCCUGGGGAGAGAUCUAUUGACUAAGCUAAAGGCCCAGAUUCAUUUCGGAUCAGAUGGAUCCACAGUGACCGGCCCCAACGGGACUCCAUUGCACAUACUCACUCUACAGUUAGAAGAGGAAUAUGGACUGCACGAAAAGCCCCCCCCCCCACCUCAGAGGGACAUAAAACCCUGGCUCACAUCUUAUCCAAAUGCCUGGGCAGAAACGGGAGGAAUAGGACUAGCUGCCCAGCAGCCCCCCAUUCACAUACAGUUGAAGGCAACAGCCAUCCCUGUUAGUGUUAGACAAUAUCCUAUGUCUAACGAGGCCCACCAAGGCAUCAGACCACACAUAUGGUGGCUACUAGACCAAGGCAUUUUAGCCCCAUGUCGGUCUCCCUGGAAUACUCCUCUACUACCUGUCAAGAAACCUGGUACAGAUGACUACCGGCCGGUCCAGGACCUAAGAGAGGCCAAUAAACGAGUAGAAGACAUCCACCCUACCGUGUCCAAUCCUUACAACCUACUUAGCACCUUGCCUCCGAACCACUCCUGGUAUACUGUCCUAGAUCUAAAGGACGCUUUCUUCUGUUUAAGACUAAGUCCCCAGAGUCAACCCCUUUUUGCAUUCGAGUGGAAGGACCCAGAAUUGGGAAUUUCAGUUCAGCUAACCUGGACAAGGCUACCAUAAGGAUUUAAGAACAGCCCCACGUUAUUCGAUGAGGCCCUCCACCAGGACCUAGCCAAUUUCCGGGUAAGUCACCCCUCCCUGAUCUUACUCCAAUAUGUCGAUGACAUCUUACUGGCAGCAACAAAUGAGGAGGACUGUCAAACAGGUACUGGGGACCUCCUACGAACCCUUGGCCAGUUGGGAUAUAGGGCAUCCGCAAAGAAGGCUCAGAUUUGUCAGACUAAGGUCACCUACCUGGGCUAUGAAUUGCAUAACGGCCAGCGAUGGCUAACGGCCGCAAGGAAAGAGACUAUAUCCAGCAUUCCAACGCCCCAAACCCACAGGCAAUUGCGGGAAUUCCUAGGGACAGCGGGCUUUUGUAGGCUAUGGAUCCCUGGGUUUGCAGAAAUAGCGGCCCCCCUAUACCCCUUGACCAAACAGGAUACCCCUUUCGUCUGGACUGAACAACAACAGCAGGCAUUUGAUCAUAUUAAACAAGCUCUCCUCAAGUCCCCAGCGUUAGGCCUGCCGGACAUAACUAAACCCUUUGACUUGUUUGUCAAUGAAAAACAAGGGUUUGCUAAGGGGGUCCUAACUCAAAGACUAGGGCCUUGGAGACGCCCUAUCGCCUACCUCUCUAAGAAGUUAGACCCCGUAGCAGCAGGAUGGCCACCCUGCCUAAAAAUGAUAGCAGCCAUAGCAGUCCUAGUCAAGGAUGCAACCAAACUAACUUUGGGACAGCCUGUAACAAUCCUGGCUCCACACACAGUGGAAUCUUUAAUUCGCCAACCACCAGACCGCUGGCUGUCUAAUGCUCGCCUUACUCACUAUCAGUCCCUCCUCCUGGACACAGACAGAAUCUAGUUCAGACCUGUGGUGACUCUCAACCCCGCAACUCUCCUACCCACCUCUGGAGAGGCACCCUUGCAUGACUGUCACCAGAUCCUUGCAGAAACGCAUGGAACACGACCUGACCUAACCGACCAACCCAUGAAGGAUGCGGACCUAACCUGGUACACAGAUGGCAGUAGCUACCUGCAGGAUGGAGAACGACGGGCAGGAGCCGCCAUCACGACCGACUCUCAAAUUGUGUGGGCAAGUGCGUUACCAGGAGGCACUUCAGCCCAACGGGCCGAGCUAAUCGCCUUAACCCAGGCCCUCCAACUGGCAGAAGGUAAGAAACUCAAUGUUUACACAGAUAGCAGAUACGCCUUUGCCACCGCCCAUAUUCAUGGGGAAAUUUAUCGGAGAAGGGGACUACUAACCUCCGAUGGGAAAGAAGUUAAAAAUAAGACUGAAAUAUUGGCCCCACUAAAGGCCUUAUUUCUCCCCAAGAAGUUGAGCAUAAUGCAUUGCCCAGGCCAUCAAAAAGGAAGUAGCCCAGAGGCCAAAGGAAAUCGCUUGGCCGAUGAAACAGCCCGACGGGCAGCUUUAGGGCCUCAACUAUUGACUGUCACCAUCCUCACUGGAACAGAGGGAACCAAUGAAGCCCCCGUUUGGAAUUAUGAAGAAACCGAUUUAGACCUCAUGCAGAGGUUGGGGGCCAAUUACAACCCGACCCUGAACCAAUGGGAAUAUCAAGGACAAGCCAUAAUGCCCAUUAAAAUGGCAAAGGAACUAAUAAAUCACCUCCAUCGGCUAACUCAUCUAAGUGCAAACAAAAUGAAAUCCUUAAUGGAUAGGGCCAAUUUAGAAAACUAUUUCCCCAAACGAAACUUCCUUCUUCCACAAGCGGCCGCAAAUUGCAGAGUGUGUGCCCAAGUCAAUCCUGGAAAAACUAAUAUCGGACCAGGAGUCCGAGUACGUGGUCGCCGCCCUGGCACACAUUGGUAAAUUGACUUUAUCGAGAUUAAGCCUGGCAUGUAUGGAUAUAAAUAUCUCUUAGUUUUUCUAGACACUUUUUCAGGUUGGGCAGAGGCCUUCCCCACCAAGGAGACUGCCAACAUAGUUGCUAAGAUUACUGGAGGAGAUUUUCCCAAGGUAUGGAAUGCCUGA